AUGCAGAUCACCCACAUCCUCUUUGACUGUGACAACACCCUCGUCCUGUCCGAGGAGCUUGCCUUCGAGGCCUGUGCCGACAUUGCCAACGAGAUCCUAGAGAAACAUGGCAUUGAGAAACGCUACACCGGCGAGCAGCUCAUCGGCGAGUUCGUCGGCCAAAACUUCCGCGGCAUGAUGGUCUCCAUCCAGACCAAGUUCAACAUCUCUCUUACCCCCGAGGAGCUCGAGUCCUACGUCAAGGAGGAGGAGAACCGCGUCAUUGCUAAGCUCGAGGCUAAGGCUCAGCCCUGCGUUGGCGUCACCGAGGUCCUUGUCAAGAUGUUCGCCGAGAAGAAGUAUGGCAUGGCCGUCGUCUCUUCUUCUGCCCUUCGACGCGUCAGGGCCUCUAUCAAGAAGGUCGACCAGUCCCAGUUCUUCCCCGAAGACCACAUCUUCUCCGCUGCCACUUCUCUCGAGAAGCCUACUACCAAGCCCGAUCCAGCCAUUUACCUCCACUCGCUCAAGGUCAUCGGAAAGAGCGCUACUGAGUGUGUCGCCGUUGAGGACAGCAAGAGUGGUUGCCUCAGUGCUGUUCGAGCCGGCAUCCCUGUCGUCGCAUACGUUGGCAGCUACCCCACCACCGAGAAGCAGGAGGAGAUGGCCAAGCUCCUGCUCGAGCAGGGAGCAAAGGUCGUCAUGAGAAACUGGUCUGAAUGGGAUAAGUGCAUCGCGGAGAUCGAGAAGAUGGACAUCCCCUCCCUCUAG